AUGCGUCCUGAAUCGUCGCUCCACAAUCUCCGACAAGGCCAUGACCGGCUCCCCCAAGUGGAAAUCAACAUCGACCUGGAUUUCCCGCCCUCCCUUCCACAGAGCAUCCGCGACGUGGAACAACUCUUCAGCAAGAAAGCACCAGACUCCGAUUCUACCUCGGCUGAGAUCUACAAACACAACGGCCACCGUCUGAAGGAUCGCCUAACAGCGCUCAUGCAGGAGAUGUAA